GUUUACUUAAAAAAGGUUUGAUUCUUCGUGAGUUAACCUUAAACGUCACAUCAAGAUUACACAGUUACUAAGGAGAAACCAUAUGAAGAUUUGUUACAGUUUUUGGUAUCUUAUUUCUCUAAACGUAUUUUAUGAUAUAAUUUAGUGAUAAAGUCUCUGUUUUUUUAAUUAAGUUUUGUGUUUCUUUAUCAACCAAAUGGCCUUAAUUCUUUCUUUUGAUAAUUUAAUAGAUCAAAAUAUUCCAGCUGAACAAUCUGAUGAAGUUAAAAAGUAUAUCUAUGGUUGGAUUCCUAAACAGCUAAAAUUAUCUGAUGACUGUUCUAAUGUGGCCUCUUCCAUUGAUGUUGAAUUGCAAGCAUACAAAUUCAACUGUGAACCAGAGCAACUUCGUUCACCUCGAUUGGUCAGAGUUGCUGUUGUCCAAAAUGCGAUUCCAUUGUCUCCAAGUGAUCCAGUUGAUAAACAAAGAUCAGCUUUACAUGACAGAAUAUCAUCGAUAACUGCAUUGGCCUCUAAAGCUGGCGCUAAUAUAAUUUGUUUUCAAGAAACAUGGCAUAUGCCAUUUGCAUUUUGCACACGUGAAAGACUACCAUGGACUGAAUUUGCCGAAAGUGCUGAAACUGGAGCAACAACCAAAUUAUGCCAAGAGCUUGCAGCUCGACACAACAUGGUUGUGAUUUCACCUAUUCUGGAAAGGGAUGAAGAGCACGGUGAUACUAUUUGGAAUACUGCCGUCGUUAUCUCGCAAACUGGUAAAAUAAUUGGGAAAACACGAAAAAAUCACAUUCCAAGAGUUGGGGAUUUCAAUGAGUCAACUUACUAUAUGGAAGGUAACCUGGGCCAUCCAGUUUUUGAAACAGCUUAUGGUCGAAUCGCGGUCAAUAUUUGCUAUGGACGCCAUCAUCCCCUUAAUUGGUUAAUGUACGGUGUUAAUGGAGCUGAGAUUGUCUUUAAUCCAAAUGCAACUGUUGCUGGUCUUUCCGAACAUCUUUGGCCAGUUGAAGCUCGAUGUGCAGCAAUAGCAAACAGUUACUAUACUUGCUCUGUUAAUAGAGUUGGCACUGAAACUUUUCCCAAUGAGUUUACAUCAGGAAAUGGAUUACCAGCUCAUAAAGAUUUUGGUCAUUUCUAUGGAUCUUCUUAUAUAACCGCUCCAGAUGGAUCAAGAACUCCUUGUCUAUCUCGAACCAGGGAUGGACUUUUAGUUGCCGAGAUUGAUUUGAAUCUGUGUCGACAAGUUAAAGAUAGAUGGGGCUUUAAGAUGACACAACGGCUGGAUUACUAUGCCAAAGUAUUGGAUGAAGCUUGUAAACCUGAUUCCAAGCCACAAAUAAUCAAAGAAUAAUGAAAAUAAUUGAUGACGAUUACAAAUGUUAUGGUAACCUAAAUCUAAUUAAUAAUUAAGCAAUUUAAGAUAAAAACGAAUGUCUUGGAAGUUGUUUUGCAGCUAAAAGAAAAUACCUGAGAUGAUUCAAGUUGAUGGUUGCAUUGAGGCAAUCAGUCGAAUGUACAAGCUUGAGAAUCAAUCAUGAGAUUUUUUUAAUUAAGUCCAGUUUAUUUACUCAGAAAAAAGUUUCAAACUGUUGUAAAGUCAGUCAUAAAUGGAUUCUGUUUGUAUUGUAACUUGAAGAUCGUAAAUAUUAAAGAUCGUUAAUAAUAAAGAUGUUUUAACGGC